GCUCACUCGUGUGGAGAGCGGACUAGAGGCUGGAGGGAGAAAGGGGUUUAGCUUUAGCAAGGCAGGCAGAAAAUGGAGAGUGUAGCCGUGUUUGGUGGAGCCAAAUUUUGUAUCUCUUCUUCAACCAUCCUUCCUUCAUCAACUUACACCACCAACACCACAGCCUUAUCCCUCACUUCCUGCAAUAACCUUAACCUACGCACAACCCACCUAUCUGCAUUCCAUUCAAAAUCCCAUCUUUUCUCUUUCAACAAUUCCCCUUCACAUCCUCAUGCUACUAAAACUCGCAACUCUAGAAAGCCCCGCAUAUUUCUUCCUCAUUUGGUGGCUUCCAUGGAACAAGUUGAUGAGACUUACAUUAUGGUCAAGCCUGAUGGUGUUCAACGUGGCCUUGUUGGAGAAAUAAUCUCGAGGUUUGAGAAGAAAGGAUUUAAACUGACUGGUUUGAAGCUCUUCCAAUGCCCUAAAGAAUUGGCAGAGGAGCACUAUAAGGAUCUCAAGGCCAAGCCUUUCUUCCCUGGUCUGAUCGAUUACAUCACUUCUGGUCCAGUUGUGUGUAUGGCAUGGGAAGGUGUUGGGGUUGUAGCAUCAGCACGUAAGCUAAUAGGGUCCACGGAUCCUCUUAAGGCCGAACCAGGCACAAUACGAGGAGAUCUCGCUGUUCAAACAGGAAGGAAUGUGGUUCAUGGCAGUGACAGCCCUGAAAAUGGAAAGCGUGAAAUAGGACUCUGGUUUAAAGAAGGUGAAUUAUGUCAGUGGACACCAGCUCAGGCACCUUGGCUACGGGAGUGAUUCUUAUAGUGGAUUUGAUUAAAGAGGCAUGCAGUUUUGAGGUGUUUAUCAUCUGAGCAGCUGUAUUUAUUUCAAACUUCAUUGUUUUCAGGAUUCUGAAUGUUUUCAUGUCAAUUAACAGAAUUACAAUGUGAAACCUGCUGUAAGAAAACUUAUGGAAACUGUUCUGUUUUUGUUCGUUUCUC